UGAGCCCCGUGCGCCCGGGAACCCUGGGCCUUCCGCUGCUUUCCGCUCUCGCGUUCGCAUCGCACAGCUUGGUCGCAGACAUGAGUGACUCCGUGAAAGAGAAGAAGAAGAAGAGCAAGAAGGCGUCCGAGCCCGAUGAAGCAGCUCCCGCGGCAGCCCCCGCUGCGGCUCCGGCCGCCGCCCCUGCGGCAGCGCCGGCGGCCAAGAGCUCAACCAAGAAGCGAGCGCAGCGUAGUACCUCCAACGUGUUCGCCAUGUUCACGCAACACCAGGUUCAGGAGUUCAAGGAAGCCUUCCAGAUGAUCGACCAGGACAAGGACGGCUUCAUCAGCAAAGCGGACAUCCGCGCCACUUUCGACUCUCUGGGCAGGCUCACUAACGACAACGAGCUCGAGUCGAUGAUCUCCGAGGCUCCGGGCCCCAUCAACUUUACCAUGUUCCUCACCAUCUUCGGCGAUCGCAUCACGGGCGUCGACGACGAGGAGGUCAUAGUGAACGCCUUCAACAUGUUUGACCAGGGCAACGGAUUCUGCACGGAGGAAAGGCUUCGGCAGAUGCUGUGCACCUUCGGCGAGAAGCUGACCGAUCAGGAGGCCAACGACGCUUUCGCCGAGGCGCCCAUAAACUCCGAGGGUAAGGUGGACCUCAAGAAGUUCGCCUCGGUCCUAACCAAGGGCGUGGAGGAGGAAGAGGGAGCGUGAAUGACGUCAUCGGAACUCCACUCCAGGGCUCCAACCGUGUACGUCGUCAUCCAGCUGGAGCAAUAAAACACAGACUUUUGGAAAUGGA